UUUGGUGAAUUUUUACUUUCAGGCCUGUUUCCUGCCAUUCUCAAUCUUGCCAGCAAUGCUCACAUCAGCACCAAUGCGACCUGUGGCGAGAAGGGGCCUGAGAUGUUCUGCAAGCUCGUGGAACACGUGCCCAGUCGCCCUGUGAGAAAUCCACAGUGCAGAGUCUGUGAUGGCAAUAGCCCUAACCCCAAAGAACGACAUCCGAUAUCAAAUGCGAUAGAUGGCACCAAUCACUGGUGGCAGAGUCCCAGUAUUCAAAACGGGAGAGAAUACCACUGGGUCACUAUCACUCUGGACUUGAGGCAGGUCUUUCAAGUCGCAUAUGUCAUCAUCAAAGCUGCUAAUGCCCCUCGACCUGGGAACUGGAUUUUGGAGCGCUCCCUCGAUGGCACCAAGUUCUCCCCCUGGCAGUACUAUGCAGUCAGCGACUCAGAGUGUUUGACUCGUUACAAUAUAACUCCAAGACGGGGCCCGCCCACGUACAGGGCAGAUGACGAAGUGAUCUGCACCUCAUAUUACUCUAGGCUGGUGCCUCUUGAGCAUGGAGAGAUUCAUACAUCACUAAUCAAUGGCAGACCAAGUGCCGAUGACCUUUCACCCAAGUUGCUGGAAUUUACUUCUGCCCGAUACAUCCGCCUUCGCUUACAGCGCAUUAGAACCCUGAAUGCAGAUCUUAUGACCCUUAGCCACCGGGAGCCUAAAGAUCUGGAUCCCAUUGUUACACGACGGUAUUACUAUUCAAUAAAAGACAUUUCCAUUGGAGGGAUGUGCAUUUGCUAUGGCCAUGCCAGUAGCUGUCCAUGGGAUGAGACUACAAAGAAACUACAGUGCCAAUGUGAACAUAAUACCUGUGGGGAGAGUUGCAAUAAGUGUUGUCCUGGAUACCAUCAGCAGCCCUGGAAACCUGGGACCGUUUCUUCUGGCAACACAUGUGAAGAGUGUAAUUGUCACAGUAAAGCCAAGGACUGUUACUAUGAUGAAAAUGUUGCAAAUCAGCAGAGAAGUUUGAAUACUGCUGGACAGUUCCAAGGAGGAGGAGUUUGUAUAAACUGCCAACAGAACACCAUGGGGAUCAACUGUGAAACCUGUAUUGAUGGGUAUUACAGACCACACAAAGUUUCACCUUAUGAGGAUAACCCUUGCCAUCCCUGUGACUGUGACUCCGUGGGGUCCCUCAGUUCUGUCUGUAUUAAGGAUGACCUCCAUUCUGACUCACACAAUGGGAAGUGGCCAGGUCAGUGUCCAUGUAGGGAAGGUUAUGCAGGAGAAAAAUGUGAUCGUUGCCAAUUUGGCUAUAAGGGUUACCCCCACUGUGUUCGCUGUGAGUGCAGUCCGGCCGGCAGUGUGAACGAUGACCCCUGCACAGAGCCUUGUGCCUGCAAGGAAAAUGUUGAGGGGAAACACUGUGAUCGCUGCAAGUCAGGGUUCUAUAACUUGAAGGAGCGAAACCCCCAGGGCUGCUCCGAGUGCUUCUGCUUUGGUGUGUCUGAUGUCUGCGACAGCCUUUCUUGGACCAUCAGCCAGGUCAACGACAUGUCUGGGUGGAUGGUCACUGACUUGAUCGGUUCAAACACGAUCCAGUCUCAGCAGGAUUCUCGUGGUGGACUUCAUCAAAUUAGCAUCAACAACUCUGCGGUCAUGCAAAGGCUGACUUCCAGGUACUAUUGGUCAGCUCCUAAGGCAUACCUAGGAAAUAAGCUGGCCGCGUUUGGUGGAUUCCUGAAAUACACGGUGUCUUAUGAUAUUCCAAUGGAGGCAGUGGACAGUGACUUAGUGUCUCACGCUGAUGUUAUCAUUAAGGGAAAUGGGCUCACUCUCAGCACACAGGCAGAGGGCCUGUCACUGCAGCCCUAUGAGGAAUACUUCAGUGUGGUCAGACUUGUGCCUGAGAACUUCCGGGACUUCAGCAGCAAAAGGGAGAUAGAUCGUGACCAGCUCAUGACUGUCCUUGCCAAUGUCACACAUCUCUUGAUCAGAGCCAACUACAAUUCUGCAAAAAUGGCCCUUUACAGGCUGGAUUCUGUCUCUCUGGACACAGCAAACCCUAAUGUUAUAGACCUGGCCUUGGCCACUGAGGUGGAGCACUGUGAAUGUCCCCUAGGCUACUCGGGCAUCUCUUGUGAGUCAUGCCUCUCUGGCUAUUACCGUGUGGAUGGAAUACUCUUUGGAGGGAUUUGCCAGCCUUGUGAAUGCCACGGCCACGCCACCGAGUGUGAUAUUCACGGCGUUUGCUUUGCUUGUAUACACAACACCACGGGGGACCACUGUGAACAGUGCCUGCCUGGCUUCUACGGGGUGCCAUCCCGAGGAACCCCUGGAGACUGCCAGCCCUGUGCCUGCCCUCUCUCCACACCCUCCAACAAUUUCAGCCCCACCUGCCACGUGGAUGAUGGUGAUCAAGUGCUGUGUGACCAGUGUGCCCCAGGAUACGCGGGCGCUUGGUGUCAGAGAUGUGCAGACGGUUACUAUGGAAACCCAACAGUGCCUGGAGGAUCCUGCACCCCGUGCAAUUGCAGUGGCAAUGUGGACCCCUCAGAAGCUGGCCACUGUGACUCAGUCACCGGGGAGUGCCUCAAGUGCAUCGGGAACACGGGGGGAGCCCACUGUGAACGCUGCGCCCACGGGUUCUACGGGGACGCUGUGACGGCUAAGAAUUGCCGCCCGUGUGAAUGCCAUGAAAAAGGUUCCCUGUCUCGUGUUUGCCGUCAUGAGACUGGACUCUGUGAUUGCAAACCGCAUGUGACUGGACGGCAGUGUGACCGGUGCUUGAAUGGCUAUUACGGGUGGAGCACAGGGCUCGGCUGCCGGCCCUGUAACUGCAGCGCGUCAGGGUCCACGUCGGAUGAUUGCACAGAUGAAGGCCAGUGUCACUGUGUCCUGGGAGUGGCUGGGGAAAGGUGUGACAGGUGUGCACGUGGCUUCUAUGCAUACCAGGAUGGCAGCUGCACACCCUGUGACUGUGCUCACACUCAGAAUACUUGUGAUCCAGAGUCUGGAGAGUGUAUCUGCCCCCCUCACACUUGGGGUUUGAAAUGUGAAGAAUGCGAGGAUGGGUACUGGGGCCGUGACCUGGAACUCGGAUGCAAGGCCUGCAAUUGCAGCAGCGUGGGGUCCGCUAGUCACCAGUGUGAUGCGCUGACAGGCCGCUGCCAAUGCAAGCCUGCCUUUGAGGGCCCAAGCUGUGGCCGGUGCACCCUGGGCCACAGAGACUUUCCGGCCUGUGUUUCCUGUGACUGUGACCUGAGGGGGACGUUGGUGGACACCUGUGAUCACGAAAAGGGCCUUUGCAGCUGUGAAGAGGAAACCGGUACCUGCUCUUGCAAGGAAAAUGUCCAUGGCCUUCAGUGCAGCACAUGUAAAAUGGGCACCUAUGCUCUUGAGACUGGCAACCCCAUGGGGUGCACCCCGUGUUUCUGUUUCGGGCUGUCACAGUCCUGUGCAGAGUUGGAGGGCUACGUGAGGGUCCCAGUAAUGCUGGCCUCAGACCGGCCUCUUCUGCGUGUGGUCUCUCAGAGUAACCUGGGGGGCACGACCAAGGGAGUCUAUUACCAGGCCCCCGACAUCUUACUGGAUGCCAGGACCAUCCGGCAGCACGUCCAGGCAGAGCCCUUUUACUGGCGGCUGCCCGAUCAGUUCCAGGGAGACCAGCUCAUGGCCUACGGUGGCAGACUGAGGUACAGCGUGGCCUUCUAUUCUGUGGAUGGUGUUGGCACCUCUAACUUUGAGCCUCAAGUCCUCAUCAAAGGAGGCCGGACCAGAAAGCAAGUCAUUUACAUGGACGCACCCGCACCCGAGAAUGGCAUGAGACAGGAACAAGAAGUGGGAAUGAAAGAGAACUUUUGGAAAUAUUUUAACUCUGUUUCUGAAAAGCCUGUAACCCGCUCAGACUUCAUGUCUGUUCUUAGCGACAUUGAGUACAUCCUCAUCAAGGCCUCAUAUGGUCAAGGACUACAGCAGAGCAGAAUCUCAAACAUUUCACUGGAGGUGGGCGGUAAGGCUGAGGAGCUGCACCCAGGUGGAGAGGUGGCCUCCCUCCUAGAACACUGCCUCUGUCCUCCGGGCACCGCUGGCUUCUCCUGUCAGAACUGUGCCCCUGGGUACCACAGAGGGAAGCUUCCUGAAGGUGGUGGCAGACGACCCCGUCCUCUGAUUGCUCCCUGUGUGCCCUGUGAUUGCAACAACCACAGUCAAGCAUGUGACCCUGAAACUGGAAAGUGUCUGAACUGCAGCGGUAACACGACUGGCGAUCACUGCGACACGUGUGCACCUGGCUUCUAUGGGAAGGUGACUGGCUCAGCUGGCGACUGUGCUCUGUGUACCUGCCCACACAGCCCCCCUGCCAGCUUUAGUCCCACCUGUGUCCUGGAAGGACUUGGUGAUUUCCGUUGUGAUGCCUGUUUUCCAGGCUACGAAGGACAGUAUUGUGAGAGGUGCUCCUUGGGCUAUCACGGGAACCCUCGAGUCCCAGGGGGCAGCUGCCAGAAGUGUGAAUGCAGUCCAGGUGGCUCGGUGCACGGUUCCUGUGACGGCAUCUCCGGGCAGUGUGUCUGCAGGCCAGGGGCCACGGGGCUGCGAUGUGACCAGUGUGAACCCAGGCACAUUCUGGUGGAGAGCGAUUGUGUUUCUUGUGAUGAUGAAUGUGUAGGUGUGCUGUUGAAUGACAUGGAUAACAUUGGUGAUGCCAUUCUUUCUGUGAACCUCAGUGGCAUCAUUCCUGUCCCGUAUGGAAUCUUGUCAAACCUGGAAAAUACAACCAAAUAUCUCAGGGAAUCUUUAUUAAAAGAAAAUAGACAGGAGAAGCUGGCAAAAAUUCAGCUGGAAGACGUCACAAAACAGAUCCAGGUCUUGCAAAAAGAGCUUGCCAAAGUGUUAACAAGUAGCCAACACGUGAACAGGGCGACUGAAAGAGUCUUCAACAGGAGUGGAGACCUCAGGGCAUUUAUUGAGAAGCUGCAGAAAAGUAUCACAGAAAUUAUUGAAAAAGCAACAACUCUAAAUCAGACCUUGGAUGAAAAAUUUCAGCUGCCCAGCUCCGCUCUUCAGAAUAUGCAAGAGAACAUUACAUCUUUGCUGGAAGCCAUACAGAAAAGGCAGUUCAUGCAGUUACAUCAAAAUGCCACCACGGAGCUCAAAGCUGCGGAAUAUCUGCUGUCAGAAAUUCAGAAGAAUUACCAGAAGCCACAGGAAGAGUUGAAGGUAUUACAAGAAGCAGCCAGCAGCCUCCUUUCAAAAUUCAGCAGUGACCUGCAGGAGGCAGAAGACCUGGUGCGUGAAGCAGAGAGGAAGACCCAGGAAAGCAGCCGCCUGCUGCCCAUUAUCAACACCAACCUGAGAGAAUUCAAGGAUAAAAAGCUGCGUGUUCAAGAAGAGCAAAACUUGACUUCAGAGCUAAUAGCGAAAGGGAGAGGAUUGAUAGAUGCUGCCAGUGCACACGCAGACGCCGCCCAAAAUGCUCUGACUCAUUUAGACCAUCACCGGGAUGAGCUACUUCUAUGGAAUGCCAAACUCAGGGGUCAUGUAGAUGAUUUGGUCAUGCAGAUGUCCAGAAGAAGAGCACUUGGACUUGUCUACAGAGCUGAGGAUCAUGCUGCUGAGCUCAAAAGACUAUCAGGUGUUCUGGACAGUGGCCUGGAAAAUGUCAGACAUGUGUCCUUGAAUGCUACCAGUGCAGUCCAUGUCCAUUCCAACAUUCAAGGCCUGGUGGAAGAAUCAGAGACACUGGCAAACCACGCUCUCAGGGCCGCAACCCAGGCCAGCCUGUUCUCAGAAUCCCUUGCUUCAAAUGGGAAAGUGGCUCUCCAUCGCAGUUCCAAAUUUCUAAAAGAAGGCAGCGACCUGAGUAAGAGGCAUCAAGGUAUUACAUUGGAAUUGAGUGGUUUGAAAAGAAGAGUAAACAAAUUUCAAGAGAAUGCUGAUAAAAUUACCAGGCAGAUCAAUGAAUCUCUCUUGAUCCUUAGAGCAAUCCCAGAAGGUGUUAGAGACAAAGAAACCAACACCACCGAGCUGGCUAUCUCUGCAAACCAGAGUGCAGCAAGCACGCUGAGGGACGUUGUGGGUUUGAGCCAAAAGCUGCUGAGUACAUCGGCUGUCCUGUCCAUGGUGAAUGCCACAUUACAAGAAACAAACGGACUCAUGCGCGACUCCUCAGAGGCCACUCUGUUAGUUGGAAGAAAAGUUAAAGAUGUGGAAGCACAAGCCAACCUUUUAUUUGAUCGGUUGAAGCCUUUGAAGAUAUUAGAAGAGAACCUGAGCAGAAACCUAUCAGAAAUUAAACUGCUGAUCAGCCAAGCCCGGAAACAAGCAGCUUCUAUUAAAGUUGCUGUGUCUGCAGACAGAGACUGCAUCCGGGCCUACCAGCCGCCAAUUUCCUCCACCAACUACAACACCUUAAGGCUACACGUUAAGACCAGCGAACCGGACAACCUCCUGUUCUACCUCGGGAGCAGCACCAGCGAGGAUUUCCUGGCCGUGGAGAUGCAGCGUGGAAAGGUGGCCUUCCUGUGGGAUGUGGGCUCCGGGUCCACACGACUGGAAUUUUCAGACUUCACAAUUGAUGACAACAAAUGGCAUAGUAUCUAUGUAACCAGAUUUGGAAACACUGGUUUACUGAGCGUAAAGGAAAUGAGCUCAACUCAAAAACCACCAACAAAAACAAGUAAAUCCCCUGGAACAGCUAACGUCCUGGAUAUAAACAAUUCAACAUUAAUGUUUGUUGGAGGACUUGGAGGACAAAUCAAGAAGUCUGCUGCUGUGAAGGUUACUCACUUCCAAGGCUGCAUAGGAGAGGCCGUCUUGAAUGGAAACCCCAUUGGCCUGUGGAACUAUAUCGAAAGGGAGGGCACAUGCCAUGGCUGCUUUGGAAGUCCCCUGAAUGAAGAUUCCUCGUUCCAUUUUGACGGAAGCGGCUAUUCUGUCAUGGAAAAGACCCUCCGGGCGACGGUGACACAGAUAAUCAUGCUGUUUAAUACCUUUUCCCCGAAUGGGCUGCUUCUCUACCUCGCUUCGGAUAACACCAAAGACUUCUUAUCCAUCGAGCUGGUCCAGGGCAGAGUUAAAGUCACAGUUGACCUGGGUUCAGGACCUCUUGCUCUUAUUACGGACAGACGAUAUAACAACGGGACCUGGUACAAAAUCGCCUUCCAGCGAAACCGAAGGCAAGGACUCCUAGCAGUUAUUGAUGCCUAUAACACCAGUUAUAAAGAAACCAAACAAGGUGAAGCUCCAGGGGCAUCUUCCGACCUCAAUCGCCUAGAUAAGGAUCCAAUUUACGUUGGUGGAUUACCUAGUUCAAGAGUUAUAAGGAAAGGCCUCACCAGCAGAAGCUAUGUGGGCUGUAUCAAAAACUUAGAAAUAUCUAGAUCGACCUUUGAUUUGCUCAGAAAUUCCUAUGGAGUGAGAAAAGGCUGUGCACUGGAGCCUAUCCGAAGUGUUAGCUUCUUGAAAGGCGGCUACAUUGAGUUGCCACCCAAGUCUUUGUCACCAGAAUCGACCUUGUUGGCAACAUUUGCCACCAAGAACAGCAGUGGCCUCAUCAUGACUGGCCUUGGCGAGGACCUGGAAAAGCAGAGCCGAUGGCAGGCACAUGUGCCCUUCUUUGCCAUCAUGCUGAUUGAAGGCCACAUUGAAGUGCACGUUAAUUCUGGGGACGGAACAAGCCUGAGACGAGCUCUCCUGCGUUCUCCUACGGGCACUUACGGUGAUGGGCGAGAGCACUCCAUCUCCCUGAUUAGGAGUAGAAGAAUUAUCACUGUCCAGCUGGAUGAGACCAGCCCUGUAGAAAUGAGGCUGGGCCCGUUAGCAGAAAGCAGGACAAUAGACGUGUCCAACCUGUACGUAGGGGGCAUUCCGGAGAGUGAGGUGGCCCCUGUGCUGAAAAUGCGGCAGUCCUUCCACGGCUGCGUCGGAAGCCUGAUCUUUGACACGGAACUUCUAGACUUCACUAGUGCAGUUGGCUAUGAACAAGUGGACUGGGACACCUGCUUACUUUCAGAAAUGCCUAAACUGGCUCAUCAAGGAGAGGACCCCGAGCUUCUGCUAGAACCUCAACCUCUACCCAGUCCGGGGCAAUGUGCAGUGGACAGAGCCCCAGACUUUGUUCCCGAUGCUCACCAGUUUGGCCUGGCACAGGACAGCCAUUUUGUGUUUCCUUUCGAUCAGUCUGCUGUUAGAAAGAGGCUUUCAGUUCAGCUCAGGCUUCGAACAUUUGCCUCCAGUGGUCUGAUCUACUACAUGGCUCAUCAAAACCAAGUUGACUAUGCCACACUCCAGCUCCAUGGCGGCCGCCUCCAUUUCAUGUUUGACCUUGGCAAAGGAAGGACAAGAGUCUUCCACCCCACGCUGCUCAAUGAUGGCCAGUGGCACACGGUCAAGACAGAGUACUUGAAAAGAAAGGGCUUCAUGACUGUUGACAGCCUAGAAUCCCCAAUGGUGACGACAGUGGGAGAUGGCACUACGUUGGAUGUGGAAGGAAAGUUCUACCUGGGAGGGCUUCCCGCUGAGUACAGGGCCAGAAACAUUGGAAAUAUCACCCACAGCAUCCCUGCCUGCAUUGAGGAGGUGACCAUUAAUAGCAAGCCGCUGGACAAGGGCCGCCCAGUAUCUGCCUUUGCAGUGAACAAGUGCUAUGCAGUGGCCCAGGAAGGAACUUUCUUUGAAGGAAGUGGAUAUGCUGCUCUUGUCAAAGAAGGCUACAAAGUCGGGUCAGAUGUAAACAUCAGCCUGGAGUUCCGUACCUCCUCGGGGAACGGCAUCCUCCUGGGGAUCAGCAGCACCAAAGUGGAUGCCAUUGGAUUAGAGAUUGUCAGUGGCAAGCUUUUGUUUCAUGUUAACAAUGGUGCCGGGAGGAUAACAGCCACAUAUGAGCCCAAAGCUAGGGCUACUCUCUGUGAUGGGAAAUGGCACAAACUCCAAGCAAACAAAAGCAAACACCGCGUGGUUCUGACUGUCGAUGGGAAUGCAGUUCGUGCUGAAAGCCCAUACCCCCAGUCCACCUCGGCAGAUACCAACAACCCCAUGUAUGUCGGUGGCUAUCCUGCUGAUGUGAAGCAGAACUGCCUAACCAGCAAAGCCUCGUUCCAGGGCUGCUUGAGAAAGCUCACUCUGACGAAGGGCUCACAAGUGCAGUCCUACGACUUCAGCAAAGCUUUCCGCCUACAAGGAGUUUUCCCACAUUCCUGUCCUGGGCCUGAGCCCUGAACCAGGAAAAAUCUUUGGUUGGGAACCAUGGUGUGUAUUCUGAGGAGAAUUACUUUUGUGAAUUAAAAUCUCUUCCAUUCAGAUUUCAUUUCCAACUCAGGUUAAGUGUUUCCAGAAAGAAGUAUUGAGCUUAUGUUAAACUAAAACCAUGUGUUACAACAAAUACCUCUAUUAAAUAGCUCCAAGACAUAAAUGGAAUUAAUUGGCUCUCCGAGGUUUUUUUUUUUAUUAAUCUUUGUAAACAUUGAAUGUUCUAUUGUUUACUCGACAGUAUUUUGUUUUGCAUUUUGAGCUUUUAAAAAAUAAAAUAUCAUUACAAACUGUAAUAGA